UAUUUGUAGUUAAUAUAAACCUUUAUAUAAAUCUAAAAAAAAAAAAAAAAAGCAUACAUUUCCCAUGAUUCCUUCGGCACAGCAGGUUGUCUUCUCGAUUAGUGAGGAAUAAUUUGCUCUCCCAGGCUCUUAUCGCACUUACAGCGCCAUAAACACAGGCUCCAUGAUUGUUUUGAUUUGAGUAAAGGUGUCUUUUUAUGCAGUCUUUCUUCAAUCCAUUGCCUUUGUCAAGAAUGUAUGAAUCUGACUUGGACAUAAAACACAGGAAUCUAUGCAGAGAAGGGACCUGCAAAACCAGUGUGCCAUUGAAGGUUCCUGUACAGUUCAGUGAUGUGGCAGUGUAUUUUUCGGAGGAGGAGUGGAACUAUUUAAAGGAAGAUCAGAAGUUGCUCUAUAAGGAUGUGAUGCUUGAAAACUACACACUCUUGAGAUCAAUGGGUUAUCUCAACAAAAUGCCAAGGGUUGUUUCAAAGAUUCAGCAAGGAGAGAAGCCUUAUUUACUGGACCCCAUCCAGCAUGGGAAUAACCUGAUACAUUCGCUCAAAGAUGGCCUGGAAGGAUCUGAUGCCCCACAGUGUAAAAUAGAAAUUGAUGCCCACACUGAUGAACUGCAAAAUGGCAAAAGGUCAUAUAGAAUGCAGAGGCAAAUCAUAGAUGUAAAGGAAAGCUGUACACCACCGCUCAAGGUGUAUAACCUGCGUAAACGAGUACUGGUACAAUACACAGCAGAUUCAGACGAAAUGGAGAAAUGUUCCUUUAAGAACUUGCAGCUGAACAACAAUACGUUUGAUGGACCAGCUGAAUGUUUAGAGAGAAAGCCAGUUAAAAGUGUUUGCAAAAGAAAGCAAAAACCUGUCCUGGGAGAAUCACCAUAUCCUUGUAAUGAGUGCAGUAAAAGCUUUGCUAAUAAAGCCUACCUAAUCAAUCACCAGAAGUUCCAUACUGGAGAAGCACCUUAUGAAUGCUCAGAGUGUGGGAAAUGCUUUAAAUUGGUGUGCCUCUUAAGGAGACAUCAGAUCAUUCAUACAGGUGAAAAGCCUCAUGUCUGCAGUGAGUGUAGGAAAUGUUUUACCCACUAUUCCUCUUUAACGAAACACCAACGAAUACACACAGGGGAAAAACCACACAAAUGUUCUGAAUGUGGUAAAAGAUUUAGCCUUACCACAUAUCUCAUAGUACACCAGAGAACUCAUACAGGAGAGCGACCGUAUAUUUGCAAGGAGUGUGGACAUACCUUCACACAGAGCUCAGCAUUGACUAUACACCAGCGAUCACAUACAGGUGAGAAACCUUAUAUCUGCACAGAAUGUGGAAAAGGUUUCACUCACAGAUCACAUCUGAUCACACACCAAAGGUUACACACGGACGAGAGACCCUAUGCUUGUAAGCAAUGUGGGAAAACCUUCAAGCACAGCUCCUACCUUAUAGUACACCGAAGAUCCCAUACUGGGGAAAGACCUUACGCCUGUCAUAAUUGUGAUAGACAGUUUGCACAAAGUUCACAACUUGCAACGCACCUAAAAUCACACGAGAUGGAGAACAGCAUAUAAACUACCCUGAACAAAGCAACAUUUGUGGUACUUGCACUUGAACCUGUUAUACUUUUUUU